AUGGCGGGCUCUCCGCGCGCGCUGCUCUGGUGGUGCCUCUGGCUCAGCUGCAGCCUGGUGGCCGAAGGGUCCGGGGAGCGCCCGGGCGGGCUCGGCCAAAGGAGCGUCGGAGGAGGGCGAGGCGUCGGCGGGCGCGGGAGCCGGGCGGCCGAAGCGGAGGCGGAGGUGGAGCAGCCCGCCCCGCCGGCGGCGGUCUCGGCCGGAGACAAGGUGUCGGAACACAUGCUGCGUCUCUACGUCCGCUACAGCGGCCGGGCUCAGGACUCCGAGGCGCCCGGAACGUCCCGGCUGCUUCAUCUCCAAGAAGGCAACACGGUGCGAAGCUUCCGAGCGCUGCCGCCAGGGAUACUUGGCAGCAAAGAGGUGUAUGUUUUUAAUCUAACCUCCCUCACAAAGUCCGAAAACAUCUUGUCGGCUCUGUUGCAUUACUACGUUGGAGAUCUCCAGAACAGCAGCACCCACUGCCCUCAACCCAACACCUGUUCUCAUCUGGGCCCCCCAAAAUCUGAGCUACAGAUCAGGCUUUUGCUGUUCAGUUCUCUGUCAUCAGCAAACCAGUCUCGGACCCUGGGGCGUUACUUGGUCAACAUCUCGACUGCUUUGCAAGAUGACCAUUUGUGGCAAUGCAAAAACAUCACUCAGGACUUGAGCCGAGCAAAGGAGCGCGACCAUCUCAUGAUCGGGGUCCAAAUGGCCUCUGUUGGCCAGCCUCCGUGGAAGAGCCUCCAUCUCCGCUAUGAACCCUACAUCCUUGUCUAUGCCAACGAUUCCGCCAUUUCAGAACCGGAGAGCGUGGUUUCCAGCUUGCAAGGCCAUUGGAAUCCGCCGCCUGGGACAUCCCCCAAAUUGGACAGCCGGUCAAUCAGUGACCUCAGUGGACAGCGGCCCAAACGUUCCACCAGCUUCCUUCUCCCCUUGCAGAACAACGAGCUUCCAGGAGCCGAGUAUCAGUAUAGUGAGGACGAAGGAUGGGAGGAGAGGAAGCACUACAAAACCCUGCAGCCACGGCUGGCAGAAAGGGCAAAGGGUAAGAAAAAGCCCAGAAAACACAGUCAUCCGAAGAGCCAGACGCUCCAGUUUGAUGAGCAGACCUUGAAAAAGGCACGGCGGAAGCAGUGGAAUGAACCAAGAUCUUGUUCGAGGCGCUAUCUCAAAGUAGAUUUUGCCGAUAUAGGCUGGAGCGAAUGGAUCAUUUCUCCUAAAUCUUUUGAUGCUUAUUACUGCUCAGGUGAAUGCCAGUUCCCUAUUCCGAAGGCCCUGAAGCCAUCAAACCACGCAACAAUUCAGAGCAUAGUGAGAGCCGUAGGGGUGGUUUCUGGCAUCCCGGAGCCUUGCUGUGUUCCAGACAAGAUGUCACCUCUCAGCAUUUUAUUCUUUGAUGAAAACAAAAAUGUGGUACUCAAAGUGUAUCCAAAUAUGACAGUGGAAUCCUGCGCCUGCAGAUAACAUAUUCCUGCUUUCUACAGC